GAAACAGAAUGUCAGCUUUGAUCGAAAAUCCACCAAGAAAUGAACGAACUGAAAAGGAAAAAAUACAAGAAACGAGCCAAAAAGGCGUACUUGAUGGCAUAUGCAAUGAACCAAGGAUGACAAAAGAAUAUCUGAAGAAACACUGCAAGGAACAGAAGCUUUACCAGACGCCCUAUCUGAACGACGUUUUGUAUCUUCAUUUCAAGGGAUUUUCAUAUAUCGAAAACUUGGAAGAAUACACCGGUCUGAGAUGUUUGUGGUUGGAGAAUAAUGGUUUGAGACAAAUUAGCGGUCUUGAGAAUCAGAAAGAACUGAGGAGUUUAUUUUUGCACUACAAUUUGAUAAAGAAAAUAGAGAACUUGGAGAGCUGUUCGAUUUUGGACACGUUGAAUAUAUCCUACAAUCAAGUGAAGAAAAUUGAAAAUUUGGGUACGAAGUCACAUUUUUCUCAUUUUUUUAUCCCACUAUAUAGGUCUGCAAUAUCUAUGUGCUCGGAAUUAUCAUAA